AUGAGUAGAAUCUCAGUCUCGGAUUCAGAAGCUUUGGUUUUCUUCCAGUCAUUACCUCAAAUCCCUCACCCAGUCCAUCUCCGCCGUAGCAGCGAAGGCGGCGAACAUAUCGUCUGGUCGAUCAAUGACGCGCUCAUUGUCCGGCUCCCAGUUGAUCAGAGCAAUACGGAGCCGUUGAUACGAGAAAAGAAGCUGCUCGAUCUUAUUAGAAAAAAUGAGAAAAUAGCCCCCGUUGUCCCGUCGUGCAUUGAUCUCGGGAUCUGGCAACCUCACGGGUGGAGGUACGCAUUGUACCACAAGGCAAGCGGGGUGUCUAUGGAAUCCAACAUGCAUGCGAUUACAGGAGUUACAGAAGAUGACUUGGUUGACUUUCUGGUUUCCAUGAAGAGCGUAAGUGCUGAAGAUGUUUUACGCAUUGGCAUUCGAAGAGGCGAGGAAGCAAAUUUUGAAGAAUUGGUGAGCCAGGCGACCAAGGCGCUGAACUUGCUACGAACGAGAAAACAAUUGAUGGAAUUGGAGGGUAUCAUUACACCAGAUGGAUUGAAAGCUCCCUCACAUCUUACGCUUGAUGGUAGUAAAGUCGAGGUUCUUACACACGCAGACCUCAAAGGGGAGCACAUCUUUCUCGAUUCUACCGGCCAUAUUAUGGGCAUAAUUGAUUGGAGCGAUGCACAAAUUGGCUGUCCGUCAUUUGAAGCCUUUGGAUUGACGGUCGCUGUUGGUGCGAAGAUGGCGGCUCGGAUAGCAGUUCGGGCGGGAUAUGGCGCUGAGAUUGUUUGGAAGGGUGUAUUAAUGGCGCGUUGUAAUGGAGUGACGUCUCUGGAGGGUAUUAUGAGUGGGAAUGAUGAUAGUCCAGAAUGGUUGGUAAGGAGUCAGCUGAACAGAGCGUUUGAAUAUUUUGAUGUUUGA